CCGUCCCUCCUCUAUCGCUCCUUCGCUGCUCCUCCGCGUCGUCUCCACGUGUCCUCCGUUCUGUCUCCCGGUUCCUCGCGCUCCUUCUCCAUGGGUUUCGGAGACCUCCGGUCCCCCGCGGGCCUCGCGCUACUCGACGGCUUCCUCGCUGACCGGAGCUACAUUGAGAGCUUCGUGGCGUCCCAGGCGGACGUGGCGGUGUUCGAGGCGCUGGCCGGCCCCCCCCCCGCCCCGCUGUGCCACGCCCUGCGCUGGUUCAACCACAUCAAGUCGUUCCAGAAGGAGAAGGGCAGCCUCCCCGGGGUGAAGAAGCCCUUGGCCCAGUACGGACCUGCCGGCGUGGCUGACAGCACCAAGGGCCGCCCCACCCCCCCCGCAGACGACGACGACGACGACGACGAUGACGACCUGGACCUGUUCGGCUCUGAUGAAGAGGAGAGCGAGGAGGUGGCCCGGAUCAAAGCGGAGCGACUGGCCGAGUACGCCGCCAGGAAAUCUAAAAAGCCCGCGCUCAUCGCCAAGUCGUCCAUCCUGCUGGACGUGAAGCCGUGGGACGACGAGACGGACAUGGCCAAGCUGGAGGAAUGCGUCCGCACGAUACAGCUGGACGGGCUCCUGUGGGGACAAUCUAAGCUCGUCCCGGUGGGCUACGGCAUCAGGAAGCUCCAGAUAGGAUGCGUGGUGGAAGAUGACAAGGUAGGAACAGACAUCCUGGAAGAGAGGAUCACGGGGUUCGAGGACUACGUCCAGUCCAUGGACGUAGCGGCCUUCAACAAGAUCUGAACCCCACCCAAAACACCCCCACA